AUGCAGCCAGGAGUGAGGAAGCAGACCAAGAGGGAAGGGCUGAGCGCAAACUCCUCCCAGUUCACUUUGGAGGGAGAGGCAUUCCGCAUCCUGGGAGGCUCUGCCCAUUACUUCCGUAUCCCCAGAGCUCAUUGGAAGGACCGCCUCCUGAAGAUGAAGGCCUGCGGGCUCAACACUCUCACCACGUACGUGCCAUGGAACCUGCAUGAGCCGGAGAGAGGAUUGUUCACUUUUCAAGGCCAGCUGGAUUUAGAGGUGUACCUCCGCCUGGCUGCAGAGGUGGGCCUCUGGGUCAUCCUCCGUCCGGGACCCUACAUUUGCUCCGAGUGGGACCUUGGCGGGCUCCCCAGCUGGCUCCUGCGUGACAGUAACAUGAAGCUGACAACAACCUACCCAGGCUUUGCUGAUGCUGUUGGUUCCUUCUUUGACAAACUCAUCCUAAGAGUCGCAUCUCUACAGUACAUGAAAGGGGGCCCCAUCAUUGCAGUUCAAGUGGAGAAUGAAUAUGGUUCUUAUGCAAAGGAUGACAAAUACAUGCCCUUUAUCAAAGAGGCUCUACUGUCCAGAGGGAUCACUGAGCUCCUGCUGACGUCUGACAACCGUGAAGGGUUAAAGCACGGGGGAGUGAAUGGAGUUCUAAAGACCAUCAACUUUCAGAAACUGAAUCCUCAAGCCAUACAGUAUCUAGAUGCUGUACAGCCACGAAGACCUAAGCUAGUAAUGGAGUAUUGGGCUGGAUGGUUUGAUCUGUGGGGGGACCUACACCACAUCUUUGCUGCAGAGGACAUGAUUGCCACGGUGACAGAGAUUCUGAAGCAGGGCAUGUCCAUAAACCUCUACAUGUUCCAUGGUGGGACGAAUUUUGGCUUCAUGAGUGGGGCUCUGGCAACCCCCUCUCUGAGAGCGAUGGUCACAAGCUAUGAUUAUGACGCACCUUUAUCAGAGGUGGGGGAUUACACCCCAAAGUACCACCUCCUGAGGGAUUUGCUCAGCCACUAUCACAGUGAGAAGCUCCCUGAGAGGCCUACCCCCUAUUGGAGGAAGGAAUAUGAUGCAGUGGUGGUUUAUCAGCACCUCCCCUUGUGGGACACCCUGAAGCUAAUUGAGGAGCCUUUUAAAUCUGCCAGCCCGCUCAACAUGGAGAAUCUACCUGUCAACAAUGGGCAGUCCUACGGUUACACCCUCUAUGAGACCAUGGUCACCAGCGGUGGAACUCUGAACUCCAUGAAUAACGUGCGUGACUGCGCCCUGGUGAGUCUGAUCGAUCGAGUUUACAUUGGAGUUCUUGACUAUAAGACCCAGGAGCUUGCAGUGCCUGAUGGGAAGGGUGAGAGAUCACUCCGUUUACUGGUGGAAAAUUGUGGAAAAGUGAACUAUGGCAAAGCCUUGGAUGAACAACGCAAAGGUCUGGUAGGAGACAUCGUAUUGAAUAAUAGCCUGCUAAAAGACUUCACCAUGUACUGCCUGGAUAUGAAGCCUCGUUUUAUAAAUAGACUUGCUGGAGAGCACUGGAAGUCCCUCUCCCAUAAGCCCACCUACCCAGGAUUCUUCCAGGGCCAGCUGGUGGUGGAUGGCUAUCCUAGAGACUCCUUCCUCAAGUUGCCGGGCUGGGGUAAAGGAGUUGUUUUUAUAAACGAGCAGAAUCUUGGACGCCACUGGUCCAUUGGACCCCAGCAGACCCUCUACCUCCCAGGACCCUGGCUAAACAAAGGAGUAAAUCAGAGAAUCACAGACUGUGGAGUGUGA